AGAAUGACCAGGCUCAAGCAAGAAGUUUGCAUGGCCACGCCGUACGCUCUGUAUCAAUAUUAGUGUCUCCUAUGGUCAUUGACAUCAAUGUAGCAAGGCCGGUGUUGAAGCUGGCCAUUUCGGUGAUCGUCCUGCAGGUCCUGCAGCCUGCGGAGGCAUCUCGGGACCACCACGACGGUUCCGACCAGAGAUGGCACCACCGCAAUUUGCGCCAGGCGAGCAGGUGGCGGGCGCCGGAGGCGGCGGAGGAGGACGCGGCGGUGCCCGCUGAGGAGGCCAGAGGGGGCCCGCUGGACACGAUCAAGGACGCGUUGGAGGAGGGAAACACCUUUGGCGGGUCCACCGAGACGGAGCAGUCCAAGAAGCCCCUCAUGACGAAGAUCAACGUCAUGCGGGCCCAGCUCUGCUGGACUAGACCAGACCUCUGGAACCACAAGGAGCAGUCGGC